UUUUCUUUGUGUGAAGUGCUGAUACAGGAAAAUUUCCCUCACUGUUUUCUACCAAAAUCAAGUCCACAAUGGCUUCUCGUAAGAAAGUAUUGCUUAAGGUUAUUAUUCUGGGAGAUUCUGGAGUUGGUAAAACCUCUCUGAUGAAUCAAUAUGUAAACAAGAAAUUUAGCAAUCAAUAUAAAGCUACCAUAGGAGCCGAUUUUCUGACCAAAGAAGUUAUGGUAGAUGAUAGGAUAGUUACUUUGCAGAUUUGGGAUACAGCAGGUCAAGAAAGGUUUCAGUCUUUAGGUGUAGCUUUUUAUAGAGGCGCUGACUGUUGUGUUCUUGUGUUUGAUGUUUCUGCACCAAGUAGCUUCAAAUCAUUAGAUUCAUGGAGGGAUGAAUUCUUAAUUCAGUCUUCUCCUCGAGAUCCAGACAACUUUCCCUUUGUUGUACUUGGGAAUAAAGUUGAUUUAGAAUCCAAAUCGGUUUCUAGUAAGAGAGCACAACAAUGGUGUCAGUCUAAAAAUAAUAUUCCAUACUUUGAAACAAGUGCUAAAGAGGCCAUUAAUGUUGAACAAGCCUUUCAGACGAUAGCAAAGAAUGCUCUAGCUCAGGAAAGUGAAGUGGAAUUGUAUAAUGAAUUCCCAGACCAAAUUAAACUGACCAAUGACCAAAGAAACAAUGGCAAGGGUGAUUCAUGUGCCUGCUAGGUCUUGGAAUAAUGAGAACUUUGGACAAGCACAUAGAUGUACAGAAAAAUUACGAGCUGGUCGAAUUAAUUCGCUGAUAUGUCCGUGUCACGGAGAAUUAUCGUGCGAUGACCUGAAGGAAAAAAAGUAUAAGACUAUCCCUAUUGUGGUUCGAUGUCUAUAUUGUUAUUGAGACGAGUGUCUGUUAAGAUAGGUAGCAAAUCUAGCAACCCUGUAUGAAGUAGUGUAUAAGACUAAAAAAUAUAACUGAAUUAGCACGAAUUUAGCGAAAUGUGAAAAAUAAUAUAGGAAAU